AUGCAGCUGCAUCCCUCUGUGAAGAGUUAUGUGGAAGAGAAGUCUCGUAAGGCAGUGCAACAGCAUAGCUAUUUAGUGAGGGAAGUUGAUGUCAGGUUGUCCAUCCGUGGUGGAGAGGUAGGGAAAGGCCCAAAAGUGCGAAGGUGUGAGGUUACUUUGUUCACUAAGAAACAUGGAGUGGUUCGAGCAGAAGAAAAUGCUGAGUCGCUCUAUGGGAGCAUAGGUUUGGUUUCUUCCAUUAUCCAGAAAAAGUUGAGGAAGAUCAAGGAGAAAGACUCGGACCAUGGUCGCCAUAUGAAGGGCUUCGACACGCUCAAGGUUAGGUAUCCCGGUGCACUCUUGGUUGCUGAGGAUAUUGAGGCGGUACCUGAUGAAGGUGAAGGAGUUGAAGAGGAAGAAAUCGUCAUUAAUGAGAUUGUUCACACAAAGUGCUUCGAUAUGCCCCCUCUGACUGUUAGUGAGGCAGUCGAGCAGCUGAAAAACCUCGAUCAUGACUUCUAUGGCUUUCGUAAUGAAGAAACUGGGCUCGUCACGGACGCUUACGCUAGAGAAGCCGGGGGAUACGGUCUCAACAUCCCUAAACAAAACGGUGAAACAGAGAAACUGGAGCCUGUGGUCGUUGAGUCGACAUCGAGCUGA